GACAUAAAGGCGAGGAGAAGAACUGCUGCUCUGUUUAGUCUACCACACUACAUAUUAGGCUCAUUUUGAGACGCUGGAUGAAGCCAUGAAAGGGAUCCAACUCGGCCUACUGAUUGGCUAUGAAGGUGUUGAAACUCACUGUGACGGCAGACAGGAUGGAGCUCAGUGUUAUGGAGCUCUGGGAGGAACUGUGGUGAUCCAGCUGAUGGACAGAGCCUCAGAAAUACUGAGAUACAAUUGGUUUAAAAACAAAACAUUAACAAUACUUUAUGUGAAAAGAAUAUGAUUGUGUUUAAUCUGAUGGAGGACAGAUCCGUCUUUACUCCCAGGGAUGGAACAUUUAGGAUAAAUAAUCUGAACUGGUCUGAUGGUGCUGAAUAUAACCUUAUAAUCACUGAUUCAAAAGGAAAGGAAUCAGAACAACGGACUCUUCAGUUGUCUAUUCAAGCUCCUGUGUCCUCUGUCCGUCUGGCCUCUGAGUGUCUGUCCCAGGGAGAGAUGAGGGUGUCCUGCUCCUCUGAGGGAGGGGACAGUCCUCAGUACAGCUGGACUCUGGAUGGACACACACUGACAGACGAUCAGCUCCUCUCUGGAAGUAAAGAGACCAACAUCAUCACUCUGAAACAAGAUGUGUCAGGACUCCUGGUCUGCUCGGUCAGGAAUCACAUCAGUAGUGUCUCUAAAGAAGAGAAGAUAUCUACCUGUGGCUUCAUAUUCAUCAACUGUACCUCAUCCAAUGGGACAAACAUAUCACAGUGGGUGUACGAAGCCAAUAACACCCUGUGUAUUGAGCCAACAACAACUCCUGUCAUGAUCACAGACCUUAAGACCUCCACUGUGGCUCCUGUGUCCUCUGUCCGUCUGGCCUCUGAGUGUCUGUCCCAGGGAGAGAUGAGGGUGUCCUGCUCCUCUGAGGGAGGGGACAGUCCUCAGUACAGCUGGACUCUGGAUGAACACACACUGACAGACGAUCAGCUCCUCUCUGGAAGUAAAGAGACCAACAUCAUCACUCUGAAACAAGACGUGUCAGGACUCCUGGUCUGCUCGGUCAGGAAUCACAUCAGUAAUGUCUCUAAAGAAGAGAAGAUAUCUACCUGUGGCUUCAUAUUCAUCAACUGUACCUCAUCCAAUGGGACAAACAUAUCACAGUGGGUGUACGAAGCCAAUAACACCCUGUGUAUUGAGCCAACUACAACUCCUAUCAUGAUCACAGACCCCAAGACCUCCACUGAGGAUCAUCUGCCAGUAAUUGGUGGAGUCCUCGCAGCGCUGAUGAUUCUGUUAAUCAUCGGGGUGGCAGUCGUCUGCUCUCAGAGGAAAAAACAAAGCAACAAACCUAAAGAAGAAGAAGAUGGGCAAGAAUUGACCUAUGCUGAAGUCAACAUUGUGCAGCGGCAGAGGAGGCAGAUGCAUCAGAGGGAAGAGACAGAGGUGGAGUACGGCCAGGUCAAGUUUUCAAGGCGACCUCAGUCAUCUGUUGUUCCCACACAAGAUGAAUGCGUGUACUCUCAGGUCCGUAAGAACAGGUGA